GAACCCUCACACACUGGAACAACAACAGCACGCUCCGACACACACCAAGUAUAAAAGGUCGACGUCCUGAGACACCCUCGCUGUCACCCAGACUGCAUCCCAAGAUGGGCUUAGACUUGUCACCAUGGACGUGGACCCUCCUGGUGGUCCUGCUCACGCUCUUCAUCAUCUACACACUCUGGCCCUACAAGACCUUCCACAGGUUAGGCGUCCCGGGUCCAACGCCGGUGCCCUUCUUUGGAACCAUGCUGGCCUAUAAGAAGAGUAUUAUCGAGUUUGACGAGAAAUGCUUCAAGAAAUAUGGCAACACGUGGGGCAUCUACGACGCCCGGCAACCCAUUCUGUGCAUCACGGAUCCCGCCAUGAUCAAGACCGUUAUGAUUAAGGAGUGUUACUCUCUCUUCACCAAUCGUAGGAACAUACGCCUGAACGGGCCGCUGUACGACGCCGUGUCCAUCGCUGAAGACGAGAACUGGAGGAGGAUCCGCAGCAUCCUCUCGCCUUCCUUCACCUCGGGGCGACUGAAAGAGAUGUUUGCCAUCAUGAAGCGCCACUCGGCCAACCUGGUCAGAAGCAUGAAGAAGAAAGCUGACAAGAACGAAGCUCUGGACGUGAAGGAGUUCUUUGGACCUUACAGCAUGGACGUGGUGACCAGCACCUCCUUCAGUGUGGAUAUAGACUCCCUCAGCAACCCCUCAGAUCCUUUUGUCACCAACAUCAAGAAGAUGCUCAAGUUUGACUUCUUCCACCCUCUCUUCCUGGCCUUAGCUUUCUUCCCCUUCCUGGCUCCCGUCUUCGAGAAGUUCGAGUUUUCCAUUUUCCCGUCCUCCGUUUUAGAGUUCUUCUUCGCGGCGCUGCAGAAGAUCAAAUCUAACCGUGAGAACAGCGAGCAAAGGAGUCGUGUGGACUUCCUGCAGCUGAUGAUUGACUCCCAGAAGAACAACAACACCCCUGGAGCAGAUAUGGAUAAAGGUGCAACGGUGGGGGGAGGGUUGCUUAAUCUGCGGCUAAUCUUAUUUGAAUUCCUCUUUGCAGGUCUGAGCGACCACGAGAUGCUCUCUCAGGCUGUGAUCUUCAUCUUUGCGGGCUACGAGACCAGCAGCAGCACUCUGGGCUUCCUGGCGUACAACCUGGCUACAAACCCUCACGUCAUGAAGCGGCUGCAGGAGGAGGUGGAUGCCACCUUCCCAAACAAGGCUGAGGUCCAGUACCAGGAGCUGAUGCAGAUGGACUACCUGGACUGCAUCAUUAGCGAGUCUCUCCGCCUGUACCCCAUCCUCCCACGUGUGGACCGUGUCGCCAAGGCAACUGUGGAGCUAAACGGCCUGGUCAUCCCCAAAGGCAUGGUGGUGAUGGUGCCCACCUGGCCCCUGCACCGCGACCCCGAGUUGUGGCCUGAACCGGAGAAAUUCAAACCGGAGAGGUUCAGCAAGGAAAACAAAGAGUCCAUCGACCCGUACACGUACAUGCCUUUCGGAGUGGGACCUCGGAACUGCAUCGGGAUGCGCUUUGCUCUAGUGACCAUGAAGCUGGCCUUGGUGGAGAUCUUGCAGAGGUACAGCUUCUCCGUUUGCGAGGAGACUGAGAUCCCCAUCGAGUUGGAUAAUCAGGGUCUGUUGGCACCAAAACGACCGCUCAUGCUGAAACUGGAGCCACGGUCGUAACAAGUCACCUACAGAGAAUCAUGUGUGUUCAUGAAUUAAGAGCAGACAAGUCUUUACAGGUAUUGUGCUGCUAUUUCACUUUCUUUUUUUUCCCAAAUGGACAAAGAUAACAUUUUUAACACUUGUAUGGCAGUUAAGGAUGUUAAAACAUUCAAUCUAGACUCAAUAAAACUUGUAUAGUGGUCACA